AUGAGUCAUUCUCCCGGCGAUCCAACUCUUACUAUAACUCAUUCUCCGGAAGAGGUCUCAAAACACAACCAUGCCGCUGAUAUGUGGAUCAUCAUCGACAGGGAAGUGUAUGACUUGUCACAAUUUGCCAAUGAGCACCCCGGAGGGAUGAAGAUUCUGUUGUCGGUUGCAGGGAAGGACGCAACAAAACAGUUUCGUCGUUAUCAUAGGGACGCGAUAUUAAACCGAUUCAAAAACCAACUCCAAGUAGGGAUACUGGACACCAGUGAAAAAACGACAAAGAAGUUCUUCAGGUCCCGCUUUUGGGCGUUAAGCAAAAGAUCGUGA